GGAUUUUAUUGUUUGUGUAUUUCCUUUUAGUAGUAUAUAAAGCUAUAGCACAGCGUAUUUUGAUGCGCAGUUGUUGGCUUUGAACAGUUCCGAAAAAACGUUUGCACUGAUUUCGUGUACUGGUAGAGAGGCCGGCAGACAGGCCAGCUAAAGUGAGCAAAAGUUAAUAUAGCGGCAACGCAAUAGUAACGAACGCACAACAGUAGCAGCUAGCAAACAAACGAAUUAAGCGACCAACUUCAUUCAGAAGCAAUAAAUCAAAGCUAGCUAGAGGCAAGCAGUGUGCUAUCGGAAAUAGCUUUGCGCAAAAUGACACGACUGUUCCUAUUCGUGGCAGUACUCUAUAUAGGUGCGUGCGUGACAAACGCCAACCCUGUGCCAGAUUCCACGCCCACAAAAACAACACACAGUGACGACGAUGUGCAGAUUGUUAACUUUUCCAAUGAUAACGUCGGUGCCAAUGGCUAUAAUUUUGCUUUUGAGACCAGUGAUGGCGUAUCGCGUAAAGAAAUGGCCACAGUAAAAAAUGCCGGUUCGAUAUCGGUCGAGGGCACAGUCAGUUGGACAGGGCCAGAUGGCGUGCAGUAUACACUGAAUUAUGUAGCCGAUGAGCAUGGCUUUCAGCCACAAGGUGCACAUUUGCCCGUGGGUCCAGAGCCAGCGACUUAAGUUUUAAUUAGGUUGAUAUGGCCUACAAUUCCAAACAUACGUAUAGUAUAUGAAAAUGAGUAAUAGAAUUUAAACGUAUUGUGAUUUUAAAUUUUAGUUCAAUUGUAUUUUCUAAGUAACUAUGAAAUUUAUUGCAUGAGACUAGUCGUUCAUAAGAGAUCAAAUAAAAAGAGCUGCAACGAA